AUGGUAGUUCCAAUUAAUUAUAAACUUGAAUAUGGCAGUGACGAAAUACCUCCACUACAAUCUAGCCAAUCAGCAGAACGGCUGACCAUGGAGCAGCUCAAAACAGCUCAUGAAUUAGAUCAGCUUGCAGACGAUGUCCUUGCAUCCAUGUAUGAUGGAAAACAGCCCCGGAAGAAAUCUUUAUCAGAUUCCAAUGCUUUGGAAAGUGCAGAUUUGAAGGAUAUCGAUGCUCAUAGUGAUCAGUCUGCGCCAUUAGCUAAUUCAGAUGUAAUUCAGCCGCAACCAGAACCACACUCUCAACAAGUAACAGAAGGCAAGAACAAGACUUUUGUUGACUCGACUCAAUUCGGUAAACUAGGUAAACUUGCUGAAACAGUUUUUAACUCGCAAUCCAAACAUGAACAGAAACAAAAGGCGUCGGCCGAUCCCCGUCAUGCAGCUGCAGAUGCGCUGGAUAAAUACAUUGAGCAACAGAUUGAGAUGGAUAUUCAGCCUUCAAGUGCUAAACUAGAUGAUAUAGCGCGACGACGAGCAGCUGUUAUGGAACUGUAUGAUCUACGUCACGAGCAUGUUCAAGAUGGGCCAAAUGAAGAUACGAGUGAUACUGCAAAGUUGGAAGAUGCUGUCAAAACUACGAGAAAGGAAGAUGAUUGGUAUGUGGACGUAGCCCAUAACAUUCCUGAAGAGUAUACACAAGCCGCUCCAACUGUGCCAAGAUGGCUACGUGGUGUGGCUGCUGCACAUAAUCGACAGGAGGGAAUUAUCGAAUCUGAAGAUGAGAUAGCAAUGGCAAUGGACGGAUCUGUAGAGUCCAGUGUACUGCUGUCACAUGUGCUCAAAGUGAUUGCAGAUGAGCGUGGUUUUAAUCUGACUGUUAUCGAUGUAAGGAGCAAGUGCGAUCAUACAGACUAUAUGGUUAUCGUAGAGGGAAGAUCUACCAAGCAGAUCUAUUCCAUUGCGGAUGCUGUUCGUCGCAAGGUAAAGUCGGUCACACCCGUAAAUGGCUCAAUGCCAGACCAUUUGCAGAUUCAAGGUGCAGAUAGCGAAGACUGGAUGGCACUGGAUUUGGGCAAUGUCAUACUCAAUUGCUUUACUCCUGAAUCUCGCCAGUUUUAUGAUUUGGAUCGAUUGUGGGUUCACAUGAAUGCAGAAACCAUAUCCACAGACUUUGUGCUAAAAGCAGAUGAGAUUCGGGAUAUUUUGUGA